AAGCACUGGCGGUUCUUUAGGUACAGUAUGCCAAAACAUCAUGUCGUGUUUCCCAGUUCAAAGUAUGUCCAAUGCAAUAUGCUAAAAAUACCAAGGUGUCCUCCUACAUCUGUUCUGAUUUUGCAGUACACCAGCCUGCAUGAUUUUCUGGCCAUUUUGACCCAUAGUCUUCUUACAGCGGUAUUAUGUCACUGCGUCUUGUGCUGCUGCGAGGAGACGGACGGAGAGAGCUCAUUUAGAAAUACAGACUGCUAGGGAUACUUCAGCAAGUCAAUCAAAGAUCAGUGUUAUGAUAAAGUUGUGUGUCUCAGUUGUAUACAUGCUGCAUGCAACAGUAAACUCUGUAAGGGCAGCUGUCCUAUGUAGUGAAAGGAUAAAAAUGAAAAUAUUUAGGGCAGGUGGCUCAGGGACAUUGUGACAUCGGUUACAGAUGUGGCAGCAGGUUUAAUUAAAAACAAACAUUUCAGGACACAGAACCACCGACUGACAUUCAGUGAGAGAGGUGCAGCCACAUCAUUAAACCACUGACAGGUGAAGUGAAUCGUACUGAUCAUCUUACAAUGCAAUGUUCUGCUGGGAAAGCUUAGCUCCUGGCAUUCAUGGCGAUGUUACUUAGACACGUAACACCCACCUGAACAUUGUUCCAGACAAUGCACCACAUCCUUUCAUAGCAACGAGACUAAGUGCCUCCACCAGCAGGAUAAUGCAUCCCACCACUAAGCAAAAUCUGCUCCGGAACAGCUCGAGGAACACGAAAAAGAGCCCAAAUGAUUGACCCGGCCUCCAAAAUCCACAGAUUCCAAUCUGAUCAAGCAUCUCUGGGAUGCAAACCCAACUCACGAAGUCCACAAAGCAUCUGCUACAAACAUCCCAGUACCAGAAACCACAGGACACCUUUUGAUGAAAGAACAAUGACAGAUCAGAACUGUACUGACAACUUGGCUGACACAAUAUUGAGCAGUUGGUUUUAGUGUUGUAGCUGAUAGGCGUACGUCAAAGUACAAGCAAAAAAGAAGCUGAAAGACGGGUGAUGGCAAAUCCACAGUUUUCAGAAGCUACAUUAGGACUUAAAGUGUUAACAGGGGAAAUGCUACUAUGCAGUUAUAACAGAAACUAUUAUGGAAACAAUACUGAUGAGCAUUUAUUGCCAGUGAGUUUUGAUACUGAAUUAUUUCAAAAUGUAUGCCAUUUUGCAUAGUGUAUAUUUAGUUAGUACAAGUCUACAAGUGCAUUUGUACUCAUUUUAUAUCUAUAUAUGUAGUAUUAAAUACCGUGGGUGUGCCAAACAGUAAUCUCUACAGUAAUCUGCAGCUUUUUCUGUAAAUAAAAUGACUGUCAUUGUGCACCAUCUUAAACUAAGUCUCAUAGGAGCAAGUAUUUACAUUUGUAUACAUUGAUCAGGUAUUAGAGAAUUAGCUCAUUUCUUAACUAAAAAAAGAUUCUGGCCUGUAGAAAACAAAGGAGGAAGAAAAAGACAGCAAUUCACUUUGGACAUUGACCUCAGAGUCACUUGACUGAAUCUCUGAACUUGCUGCUUGGUGUGAACAUCCACAUGGGGACUGACUUCCUGCAGCUCAUUUCCUCUCAGUCUGCUUCAGCCUCUGGACCACUUCAGCUUUUGAUUGCAGACUUCAGCCUUUGAUCAGGGAGGACAAAGAGGGAAAAUGUUCAAUGAGCAGAAAUCAGCUGAGGAAGGAUGGCAUUUUCCUGGGCUUCAAAAUAAAAGAAUUUGCUGCACCUCUGUUUCACAAGCAAACACAUGUUGGACAUUUCGAAAGAAUUCUGCUCAUUUUGUGUGAUUUUUGGCUUAUGACACAAGCAUGUAGCCAUUUUAUUUUUGUUUUGGCUGCCUUUUAGGCCACAAGUUGGCUUUGAAUAUAAUUCAUUUUGUUUGAUUAUAUCUAAAAAAAAAAAAAAAAACCGUCACUGUAACUUGCCGCAUUGCUUCUUGAGUGCAUAUUCAAUAAAACUGCCACCCCUUGUUAGUCUUUAAAGCGUUUGCAGCAAAAGCUAUAUUUUGAAAAUAUGACAGGAUGUAGUGCUUAAUUUCCACUCAUGUAAUCUGUACAUCGGUGACAAAAGCAACUGCGCGCUCCGAGGUACCCGCACAUCCCGCAGCUGCUCUGUAGAUAAUUGACAGUGCAGGAAGGAGAGAGCGCACUCUCAGGAGCUACAGUUAUUAUCUAUAUUAUUAUUAAAAAUCUGAUUUAUAUCCAGCCUGCGUCUCUCUAAAUCAAAAACCUGUUGUGGGGGGAAAAUGGGAGACUUGGAAAAAGUGUCUCCAUCCAUCCACAGGUCUUCACGCAGCUUCAACUCCUGGUUAAAGUGGAGCGCACCGCUGGCUGGACUUGUUCGCAGUUUCUGUGCGUGCAGUGAAAACAGUGAAUGAUCCUGGCUGUGAAUGAACUAUGGGCGCGCACAUCCUGGAGUCCAACUCCAGCGGCAACGUGACGCCUGCGGUGUCCGAGGCUGGGACCAUCCUCCCGGGAUACCUGGUGGUGAUCUUAUCGGUCCUCAUGGGGACUCUGGUGGUCGUGGUGGUGGCGGGGAACGCGCUGGUCAUCAUGGCUUUCGUUGUGGAUAAAACCCUGAGAAAUCAAAGCAACUACUUCUUUCUCAACCUUGCCAUAUCCGAUUUUCUUGUGGGUGCCUUCUGCAUCCCGGUGUACAUCCCGUACAACCUGACUGGCAGGUGGAUGCUGGGGAAGGGUCUCUGCAAAGUGUGGCUGGUCAUGGACUACCUACUCUGCACCGCCUCAGUCUUCAACAUUGUCCUCAUUAGUUACGACCGCUUCCUGUCAGUCACAAGAGCAGUUAAAUACAGGGCUCAGAGGAACAUGACCCGCCAGGCUGUGUUGAAGAUGGUGGCGGUGUGGGUGCUGGCCUUCCUCCUCUACGGCCCCGCCAUCAUCUUCUGGGAGACCAUUGUCGGCAAGAGCAUCGUUCCAUCCCACGAGUGCUACGUGGAGUUUUAUUUCACCUGGUACUUCCUGCUCAGCGCGUCUACCUUCGAGUUUUUCACCCCGUUCGUGUCGGUGGCCUUCUUCAACCUCAGCAUCUACCUGAACGUUCAUCGCAGGAAUAAGAGGGGAGGUGCCUGGGCUGAGGAUGAACCCAAGCCGCCGAAAACCACUAAGAAGCACAAAGAAGCAUCAGCCUGGUCUGUGUUUUUUGUCAAGACUCGAAAAGUGUCAUCCAGCGAGCCCACUGCGAUCUCUGCUGUCAUAGAAGACGAUGACGUGCUGAACCCCUCUUCAAGUGGGGAACCAAACACCAGUCAGAUAUUCACGCAGCGGGAGAAGCUCUCACCAAACAGGAAAAACUCCAGGCUAUUUCAGCACUCAGCCUCCUGCGUGGUUCCCGGCCGUAGGAUACAAGGAUCUCGUCUUUCCCGAGACAAAAAGAUCGCCAAGUCUUUGGCCAUUAUAGUCUGCACUUUUGGAAUAUGCUGGGCUCCAUACACUCUGCUAAUGAUCAUCCGUGCUGCCUGCAGCGGCAAGUGCGUGGCGAACUAUUGGUACGAGAUGACAUUCUGGCUUCUGUGGCUGAACUCCGCCAUCAACCCGUUCUUGUACCCUCUGUGCCACAGCAGCUUUCGAAGGGCUUUCUCAAAGAUCCUGUGUCCCAAGAGACAAUCGGUGCAGCCUCAGAUUGAGGCCCAGUCUUGUUAGAUUGCACUUCCAUACUAUAUGAAUGCAGUAAAUGUUAUUGGUCAAACGCAGUAAAUGUUAUUGGUCAAACACUGUAAAAAUCCAUACAAUGUUCUUCCAUCUGAAAAUCAAAAAUAAGAGAAAUGUUUAAGUGUCGCAACAUAUUUGACAGCAAUACAGCAAAGCAACGCAGUCAUGACAAUAUUCUUAUAUAAUCAUAUUCUUAAUGACAGAGCAGAGGAGAGGACCAAGCGCCACCAAGAGCUGAAGUCACAUUUUUGAAAUCAUUUCAAAAUGUAUGUUAGCCUCAACAGACAAUCUGUGUAAGUAGGACAGGAAAGAGUUGGGUUAAUGUUUCUCACCACUUAGGUCUUUAUGUGCUGGAGACUGUGAAAUGAUGACAUAUGCAGCCAGAUAGGAGCUGAUUACCAUAAUUUAGUCUGAGAUAUUAUACAAGAACUACAGCACACCAAGUUGUUAAAUUGUGGCCUGUCAGACUGGAAGCACAGCGGGGGUUUUUAAGGGCUGAAUGUUCCAACUCCCAUUUAGAUGAAGCUGAUGUGAAAUAAUGGUCUCAAUGGUCUUUUAGUGGUUUCAAAAUCUCUCUGCACAUGAAACCUUUUCCCGUCUCCAUUUCAAACACAUGGCUGUUCAUCUGAAAAUGAAGGAAACUUCAAGCUUUUCAUCAUGCAGCAAUAUAAUAAUAACAAGUGUAGAGUCGUCUAAGUUCAAAGCACCAGAAAAGAAGAAAAGAACCUGUGUUUGUUUACUGAUUACUGCUGAGUGUACUUUUAUCACAGUGAUAUUUUAUAUUGUUUUAUCUGAAACGUGGGCUCGGGGGCAGGGGGGAAAUCAGCUGCUACUGCCAACAUUGAAUCUGCACUUCUAUUUGAAACGAUGUACUUGUUGAUGUUAUAAAAUGUCGAGCACUAUGAACUGAAGGCAGCAUUUGUACGAUAAGAUCUAUGCCAAGCUCGAUGGUUGUGUAUUUAUUCCAAAACUGAACUGGUUUAUAUACCACCUAAAAACUACUAUAUGACCGCUUUGUAUCUUGGUUAUGAAUGUGUGUCGGUGUAAUAGCCAAAGAAAGAAUAAAAAGAAGACUACCUACAGGA